AAUUUCAUGUCGUUUUCCCGGAAGCGGUUUUGAUUUCAAGUAAACCAAACCCUAGAUGGGUAACAGUUCUUUCCAGAAAAACUAGCGCGUGAUAUCAUUAGCCUGAGAUAUACUGUGGGUUUUACUCUCAGACAUCUCGUUACCUCAAGUUGUUGUUUUCUGGUCUUUAAUAACUAGUGAGUAGUGAGUGAAUCAUCUUUUUUAGUUCUUUUAUCGAUUUAUCGUAAUGAGGUUCUGAACCGAAUUCUAAUUACCACAAGCACCACCCUAUGUUUGUCAAAAUCCGAUAUUGGUGACCGCAUGUUCAUGUUCAAAACCUGAGAACCUCGAGAAAUAAGCAGCAUCUUCAAAGGCAAAAGCCUGUAGAUCCGACUCUUGGCUGUAAGAUCCCACAUGGAUGCAAUGGGUUCAGUUUUGGAUCAAGAAGAUCAAUAUAUGAGAGGUGGAGCUCUGGUUUCAAGGGCAUAGCUGUUAUGACAGAUGACAAGUCAACAAUGUCAUCCACUGAGGAAGACUUAGAAAAUAUUGGCAUCUUGCGUGUUGAUCCAUCCCUAGAACCAUACAAAGAUCACUUCAAAUAUAGACUGAAGAGAUAUGUAGAUCAGAAAAAGCUUAUUGAAGAAUAUGAAGGAGGUCUUGAGGAAUUUGCACAAGGUUAUUUGAAAUUUGGAUUUAACAGAGAAGAAGGUGGCAUUGUGUACCAGGAGUGGGCACCUGCUGCUCUGGAAGCACAACUUAUUGGGGACUUUAAUGGGUGGGAUGGUUCCAACCACCUGAUGGAAAAAAAUCAAUUUGGCGUUUGGAGUAUUAAGAUCCCUGAUGCUGGUGGAAAUCCAGCUAUACCUCACAAUUCAAGAGUGAAAUUUAGAUUUAGACACGGUGAUGGAGUUUGGAUUGACCGCAUCCCUGCUUGGAUUAAAUAUGCCACUGUUGAUCCUACCAGAUUUGCUGCGCCAUAUGAUGGUGUCUACUGGGAUCCACCACUUUUAGAGAGGUAUCAGUUUAAAUAUCCCCGUCCACCAAAGCCUAAAGCUCCACGGAUAUAUGAGGCUCAUGUGGGAAUGAGUAGCUCUGAACCCCGCAUAAACUCUUACAGGGAAUUCGCAGAUGAUAUUUUGCCCCGUAUUCGGGCAAAUAACUAUAAUACAGUGCAGCUGAUGGCUGUGAUGGAGCAUUCCUAUUAUGCAUCAUUUGGAUAUCAUGUAACAAAUUUUUUUGCUGUGAGCAGUAGAUCUGGAACCCCUGAAGAUCUUAAAUAUCUGAUAGAUAAGGCCCAUGGUCUAGGUUUGCAGGUUUUGAUGGAUGUUGUCCAUAGUCAUACGAGCAAUAAUGUUACUGAUGGACUCAAUGGCUUUGAUGUUGGUCAAAGUUCACAAGAGUCUUAUUUCCACACUGGAGAUAGAGGCUAUCAUAAAUUAUGGGAUAGUAGACUCUUUAACUAUGCCAACUGGGAAGUUCUCCGUUUCCUUUUGUCUAAUUUAAGAUGGUGGCUUGAGGAGUUCAAAUUUGAUGGAUUUCGAUUUGAUGGAGUAACAUCAAUGCUGUAUCAUCACCAUGGAAUCAACAUUACGUUUACAGGGGAUUAUAAUGAAUAUUUUAGUGAAGCUACAGAUGUGGAUGCUGUUGUCUAUCUAAUGCUGGCUAAUUAUCUGAUCCAUAGUAUUUUGCCAGAUGCAACUGUCAUUGCUGAAGAUGUUUCUGGCAUGCCUGGACUUGGUCAACCUGUUUCUGAUGGGGGAAUUGGUUUCGACUAUCGUCUAGCCAUGGCUAUCCCUGACAAGUGGAUCGACUAUGUGAAGAACAAGAAAGACAAUGAAUGGUCAAUGAAGGAAAUCUCUUCGAGUUUGACAAACAGGAGAUACACUGAGAAAUGUGUCUCUUAUGCUGAAAGUCAUGACCAGGCAAUUGUUGGGGACAAGACUAUUGCUUUUUUACUAAUGGAUGAAGAAAUGUAUACUGGCAUGUCUUGUUUGACCGAUACUUCUCCUACCAUCGAGCGAGGGAUUGCUCUUCACAAGAUGAUACACUUCAUAACCAUGGCAUUAGGCGGAGAGGGCUACCUUAAUUUCAUGGGCAAUGAGUUUGGCCAUCCGGAGUGGAUUGAUUUUCCAAGAGAAGGCAAUGGAUGGAGUUAUGACAAGUGCAGGCGUCAGUGGAAUCUGUUGGAUACAGAUCACUUGAGAUACAAGUUCAUGAAUGCAUUUAACAGAGCAAUGAACUUGCUUGAUGAUAAAUUCUCGUUCCUUGCAUCAACAAAACAGAUUGUGAGCAGCACAAAUGACGAAGACAAGGUUAUAGUCUUUGAGCGUGGAGAUCUGAUAUUUGUAUUCAAUUUUCAUCCAGAGACUACCUAUGAAGGGUAUAAAGUUGGGUGUGACUUACCUGGGAAAUAUAGAGUUGCACUGGAUAGUGAUGCUUGGGAAUUUGGUGGACAUGGAAGAGUGGGGCACGAUGUAGACCACUUCACAUCCCCAGAAGGAAUACCAGGAAUUCCUGAAACUAAUUUUAAUAAUCGCCCCAAUUCUUUCAAGGUCCUCUCCCCUCCUCGUACCUGUGUGGUAUAUUAUAGAGUGGAAGAAAGCCGAGACAAAAACAGUAAUAGCAAUUUCGCUGGGGUAAAAGAGACAUUUUCUGCGGCAGAUGUUGCAAAAAUUCCUCGUAAAUCUGCCUCCAUAGAAAGUGAAGAUAGCAAUUUGGAUAAGGUGGAAGAGACAUUAGCAGCAGCAGGUGCAGAUGUUUCAAAAAAUCUUGAUGAAUUGGCUUCUGUAGGAAGAGAAGAUAGGAAUUCGGAUAAUGCGGAAAUGCUUGAGGAAACAGCUUCUGUUGAAAGUGAAAUUGUUCCAGAACUCGAAGAUGCAGACAACUGAGGAAGAUUUUCAGUUGUGAAUCUUAACUGUUUUCACUUGGCGUUAUUCCGGUGUGUGGAUAAGCGGGUUCUUGGAUAUUAAUUAUUCAAAGAGGAGGGAAGGGGGAUGAAAAUUCGGGAGACAAGUUUAUCCGUUAAACCAUCCUGUAUAUAAUGUAUAAAUAUAUGCAUAUUACUACAACUCACGAAUGUUAGUGUCAGUGGUUAUGGUUAUGUAUGCAUACAUAUUAUUAUCUUGAAUUAUUUUUCAUAAUCUUGAUACAAUUCUCCUUUUUUCCCCAAAGUUAAA